ACUGGCUACCCCUGGAACAACGUGACUAGCUUGCGCCAAGAUACCUAUAAGAAUUAAGAAACGCUUGCGCAAGGCUAUAGGGGCUAUAGAUAAAGCGGUAACCGUCCCUGAAUUACCAGAAAAAUUAAUAAUGCAAGUAUAAAAAUACUGCCCAUUAAUUUGGUUUUUACGGAUAUUUACCCAGCUUAUGUUGAUGGUCAUUGUAUGAAUGAUGAAGCUAGAGCCAGGGAUCACAGAUGCUGGCUUAUUGGAGCAUUUGUCAGGCAUCUCACAGCUCAACUCCUCUUCUCUAGAGCUUGAGCUACAUGAUGUAAAACAGGAGCCAUUAGAUGAGGCUGUGCCUGACGUGGCGGCGGGGUUCGUCCUCCGGGACGAAGAUGGAAAUGAGCACCAGCUGGACGUUGUGACAGCAGCUGUUGCCUCAGACGAUCCGUUCCUGUGUUUGGACUUUAUACCGGAACCGGAUCCCGCCUCCGAACCGGAACCGGAUCCCGCCUCUGAACCGGAUCCCGCAUCUGAACGGGAACCGGAGGAUGCCGCUGACUCGCCCGGACCGGGUGAGCGCGAUGGAGAACCAGGUGGGAGCGAUGACGCCCCAACUGACCGUCCCAGCCCGGCAGAACGACCCUCUGCCGGCGAAAGAACCCGUGCUGGUGCAAGUAAAGCAAAGUCCGGUGGGAAGAGAACGACAAAGAAGCGCUCCUCGGCGCAGCGUGAUGCAGACAAGAGGCCAAAGCCCACGAGACGGUGUGCCUGCCUGUACUGUGGCGCUGAGGUGUUUAAAAUCUCGCGACAUUUGGCGAGAAGGCACUCAAAUGAAAAAGAGGUCAUUGAUGCGCUGAAAUACCCAAAGUAUUCAAAGGAAAGAAAGGAGCUGUGGCUAAGUGUCGUGAAAAGAGGCAAUUUUCAACAUAAUGUCAAGGUGAUGGCAGCUGGUAAAGGUGAAAUCAUCCCGGUGAAACGAAAGUGGAAAAGGAAUUAUACUGUGCAGAAAGAUGAGUGUGCACGAAAUGAUGAGUAUGCAUCAUGCGACCAGUGUUUCGGUUUCUACUUACGAAGUACGCUGCUCCUACACAAGAUGAGGGUCCAUGGCGUGGAGCAUCCCCAACAGCAGAGGCUUUGCGAGAGCCCUGCCAUCGUGGGCCUCGAUGAGCUACUGACAUCAAUGGAAACUGACAGCGUUGGCGUCGCCUGCAAAACGGACAUGUUGAUCUUGAAGUUCGGCGCCAAAGUGCUCUCAAAGCUGGGACCUUUGGCCAUCGACAAGGCAAAGAUCUGUCGAAGGAUGCGUGAGCUGGGGGAAGUGCUUGUCGAAGUUCGCAAGCGCCGCGAGGGCGUGUCGCUGCAGUCGUGUCUGGAUCCGGCGAGGUUCAAGGAGCUGACAUCGGCCGUGUGGAGGCAGGCGAGACGCUGAGGGAUCGGACACAACGCGCGUGCGUUCGCCAGGACCGUGGGCAAGUCCCUGAGCUCGUGCGCCCGGAUCUUGGUCACCCUCGCGAAGACCGCCGAAGACGCCAAGCUGAAACAGGGGGCUGUGGGUUUUCUGGAUCUGUACGAGAGGCAGUGGCGUGUGAUGACUGGGGUGAUAGCUGAGGAAUCUCUCGGUAAGUCUGUCUCCGUCACAAGCAGGUCGCCGAGGCUGGGGACCUCGGAAAGGGACAGACGGCGACGGUCUUCCCGCAGACAUCAACAGCUCACAGAGAAAGUCUCUGGAAAUCAUGGAGCAACUACAUCGGAGCGAACGGAAGUAACGCGAGCGGAAUCGCGUGGCCACGUUCCUGACCGUAGAAGUUCAAUCCCAGAUGAUCAGCGUAUCAACUAUGAGCAGGCUGGGGGACACCCUGGAAGCGACGGUCAACCUGUGGAUCAGCACUCGAAGCGGACUGAGCAUCCAGAGAGCGGCAGAGAACGUACCGCAACCGAAGCACCUCAAAAUAGUACCAGACUACCUGAAGGACAGUGCAAAAACCUCAAUCAACCUGUGCGGCAGCGUCUCGAAAGUCCUCAACAUCCUGAGGUCAACACUGCCAGAGAAACAUCAUCUUCCUCGUUUCAAGACGUUCCCCGAGGCCCUGAGGAACACCUCGAAGGCAACGCCAGAGCUGAGCGGGAGCAUACCGCUCUCGAUGAGAGUGAUUCCACGACGGCUGGUGAACGCACCCUGUUAGCUCCUCGCGAGGGAACCUUACGUCACCACCCGGGCACCAAGCGCAGGAGGUCACCUGUUGGACGCCCUACCUACAAACGCAGGCCCUGGUCGCAGGAGGAGAAGGAAGCCGUCGAACGGAGACUGAACUGGUUCGUUCGUAAGCUCGUGGUUCCCGGGCUGGACUACUGCCGAGCGGCGCUGAAGGAGGAACCGGCUCUGAGUUCACGCACGUGGCGGGACGUGAAGUACUGUGUCUACAACAUGAUCCAGCGGAGGAAGCGACACGGAGACUGUGCCGAAGACUCGGACUGAUGUGUGUUUUGGAUUCAGCUGCCUGAGGAUGAAAAGUGGACUGAGGUGUGGUUUUCUGAUCCGCCCUGAUUAGCUGCCGUGAAGACCGAAGGAUCUCUGUCGCGGGGAGUUGUACAAAACGCUACGUCAAAGAUAAUGUGUGACAAUGAGUUGAAUGCAUUACGUGUUCUGACUCUGAUGUGCGACAUUUGUGUGCCAUACUGUUACUUCUAUUGUGAGGAGCAUAUUGCUAGUAUUUUGUGGUAUCACUGAGACAACGCUUGUAUUACAUUGUUCUUUCAUCAGAAGGCGCUAGUUCUUUCAUCUCACACCUAGUACCUGCGCAUUUUUGCUGGAGUUCAUUCGUCAUAAGACGCUUGCUUGAUCGUCAAUAAAGGAGAUACUUUGUAA